AUGAAGCCAACUUUUAUUCACUCCUUUAUAUGCCUUGCGGCUGGUAUUAAAUUCGCCGAUGCAUACGUAUACGCGACAAAAUGUAAUGCCGACAAUUGUGCUCGUGCGAUCACGGGAACUGGAGGCAAAAUACCAAUGACAGAAAGAGCUCUUCACUGUUCACAAUUCAUGGGGGCUAUGGGGCCGGCACCGUCUACUUCUACCAGUACAUUCAUUCAUAUAGUAACUACCUCUUCUACUGUGGGCACUAGGACGGAAACUGUUACUGUUGGCGGGGAGGAGGAGGAACCAGAAGAGACGCCUGUGAUAGGUGGUGCCGCAAAGGACUCAAAAAUUGCUGCAAAGGAUGACGCAAAGGGUGAUGCAAAGGAUGAUGCUAAAGAUGACGCUAAAGAUGAUGCAAAGGACGAUGCUAAAGAUGAUGCAAAGGAUGAUGCAAAGGAGAAAGACGACACCCCAGCAGCCGAUGAGGCGAAGGACAAAUUGCGAAGAAGAUAUGGAGACUAUGCGGCCGAAAAGGAGGAGAAGCCAGCUCCUGCCACAGUAGCCCCUAAGCCUGCCACCACUACAACCGCAGCGAUUCCAACAUACGCUAGCGCCUGCUCCGGAGCAAUGCGAUACAGUUCCGCUUGUUCUUGUUGGGGAAUCCAAAAGGGAUCCGCCGCCCCCACGACCGAAACCGUAGUCGUCACCCAAACCUCCAUCGCGGUUGCUAGGGUCACCGCUGUCGUUAAGAAAACCGCUCUAAUUUGCUCCAAAACACAAGAGAAAUGCGGUGGAGUCUGCAAGAACGUCUUUACGGAUGUCAAGAACUGCGGAGCUUGUGAUUUGAAGUGCGCAGACGGUUCCACUUGUGUCAACGGCGUUUGCUCACACGCAUCCUGUGAGGGUGUUAAGGAAUGGCAAUGCGACAAUGAAAGCAAGAAGGGUUGCAAUGGUGCUAGCGAGCACGAAACCUUUUGUAUGAAGGGUAUAAAGGCAAGCUUCUGCACAUCAUUCGCUAAUCUUCCGCUUUGCCCCAAAAAGGAGGAAGAUGGAUGCAAGGCCGACGCCGAUUGCUCGAAGGGUCAAGUCUGCGGUCACAUUGCCUGUUGUGGUUGGAAUAUAUGUAUAAAGCCACACUAUCCGGACGCAAGUGGGAGUCCCAAUAAAGCAUCGUCGAAGAGGCUCUUCAAGAGAGAAAACAAACUCAGAUUACGAAAGAUGGCCCAGGUCAAUUAG